AGAUUUUAAUGCUCCAUGAUUAUAGACAAAGAAAUGAACAAUAGGUGCACAAUUAUGUCGUCAGUUAUGGUUCAUUGUUGUUUUUAUGUAAUGAAAGUUUUUUUUAUCUUGCUUACAGCAGUAAUGAACAAUAAGUUUGUGCCUGAGGGCUUUAAAUGAUAUAUCUUCGUAUGAAUUAUUUGUGGUUGCCCAUUUUUUGUAUGUUCUUUAGUGAAAUAUCAUCUAAUUGUGAAUAUGAGGGAUAUUACAAAUACUUACAAUAAUCACCGGACUGGGGGCAGUAUUUCUAAGGGGGGUUUGACUGGUACCUAUUGUGACAAAAUGUUGGAACCAGCCCAGAUAAAACUUGAACCUGUUGACAUAAAGCAGGAACCAUUCCCAGACAGCACUACAGGGAAUUCACCAAAGAAGAAAGCUGGUCGACCUAAGAAGUUGAAACAAGAGAAGAUAACAGAUCAUGUGACAGUGAAGAAGAAGAGAAAGGUUGACAGGUUCAAGGGCAUGCCCGAGGAGGAAGUGAUAACAAGAUUACUGCCAGAUCAUCUAGCUCCUAACCUUGAUAUUGUCAUUGUUGGUAUAAACCCAGGACUAUAUGCAGCCUUUGUUGGACAUCAUUAUGCGGGACCAGGAAAUCAUUUCUGGAAGUGUAUGUAUUUAUCUGGUCUCAUACCUGAGCCAAUGAAUGCUAUGCAAGAUUUCAAGUUACUAGAUUAUGGUAUUGGUUUUACAAACAUUGUUGCCAGGACAACUAGAGGUAGUGCUGACCUAACAAGGAAAGAAAUUAAAGAAGGAGCACAGAUAUUGACAGAGAAACUAGUCAAGUAUAAGCCAAAAAUAGCAGUCUUCAAUGGGAAAGGUAUUUAUGAGGUGUUUGUGGGUCAUAAGAACUUCCAUUUUGGGAAACAGCCAGAUCUCUUGACAGGAACUGAAACAGCUGUCUAUGUGAUGCCAUCAUCCAGUGCAAGAUGCAGUCAGCUGCCUAGAGCUGUUGACAAAGUACCUUUCUAUGAGGCUCUAAAAAAAUUUAGGGAUCAUUUGAAUGGCAAGCUGCCAGAUCUCAAUGAAUCUGAAAUAACAUUUCAAGAUGUUGUCCUAAAAACUGCGGUUAAGAAAGAAGUUAAAGAGGAGGGAGAAAAUCUAUAUCCAGGAGAGAUGGGAACCAUGCCUGCUGGGAACCAGAUCCCAGGUGAUAUGACAACCUUGCCUCCUGGUAAACAGAUGCCAGAUAAUAUGGGAAAUACAGCAUUUGCAGUGGACCAGCACUUAGCUCAGUUUAUGGCUGGUCCUUAUCAAGUUAUACCACACAGUGUUCCAGGCACAAGUUCAUCUCAGGAAAUAUCAAAUCAGUCUAGUCCAAUGUGCAUGCCAAAUGCUGGUUCCAGUUCUGGAGUCUCUUCUCCAGUACAGCCUGUACAAGUGAAAAAGGAACCAGUGGAUUUUGACUGUCCUGCAACAACUUGUCAGACAACAAGCAGUCAGCCAGAAACUAUUUCUAUUGGUCAGUUGGAAGUUUAUAAUCAGUCACAAGUGACAUCACAAAAUGAUAGCCAUUUAAAUAAUUUCUUAAAUGGUUUAUAUGGUAUGGUUAACCAAGUUGCUGUAAACAACCCAGCAGAUUCAAGAUAUGGUGUUGUGAGUCAUGCUAAUAUAUCUACAAAUGGACCAGUACAGUUUAACGAUGCAUUACGUGACAUUGUUCGUGAAGGAAGCUCAGAAGAUCUUGAAGGUUGUGCAAGUUUAGAAGUGUUAGAGAAACCUCCAACUAGUCAACAAUCUCAGGGAAAAGGAGCAAAAGCCAGUAAGUCAAGAAAGAGAAAAUCAAAAUCUGCUGAAGAAUCUCCUGCCAUGUCUCAAACUGCCACUUUCAUACCACCCCCAGAGCAGCAUUAUAAUCCCCAAUCUUCAUCACCAUCAGGAAAUCAACAGAAUUCAUUCCAGUCAUAUCAGCCAGUGCCCCCAUUCACUAAUCACUUGCCCCAUCAAAACAUGCCUGUAUCAGGUUACAGUAAUGCGUACAUGUCUCAAAUGCAAGGACAGUUUAACCCACACAUGGGUUUUAAUUAUAUGCAGCCACCUCAGCAUAGUUUUACACAGCUCAUGAACAGUGGGGAUCAAUUCAUGGGGAUGCCUCCAAAUGGAAACACACAGAACUUUCCACAGCACGCAGCAAACAAUGGAUUUCCAGGCCAGUACCCCAUGGAAGGACAACAACCAAAUGGGUUUAACCCAAACAUGCCUAUAAAACAAGAAAAGCCUGAUAAUUGAGAUUUGAUAUUCUACUUUUGUUUGUGUUAGUCAGUUAAAGAUUUAUAUAGGAUUUGCUAUAUUUAUAUGUUGCAUUGAACUCAAGGUAUUAAUAUUUCCUAAUACCUGUGUUGAUAUACUUUGUGUGCUGAUAUGGGCAUUUUCCACAAAGUUCUGUAAUGUAAGAUGUGGUCUGAUUUAUGAUGUUUCAAUUUCUUGAACAUGUAUUUCAUACAUACAGAUUUUCAACAAGAACUAUUAAUUGGCUUACAUUUUCAUUUGUCCAAUUCAUUUUAUCAUUCAUGUAAAUUGAAGCAUCUUUCAAGUUAGGAAAGAAAUUUUGUGUUCAUCUUCAGAAAAUAGAAGUAAUUAAGACAAAUCAACAAAAUAAAAAAAAUUUAGGUCGCUUUUUUGGGGGGGGGGGGUGAAAUUUUUAUGCCACCGCAGCACCGUGGCAUAUAGCGAUUCACCUCUGUGUUUGUGUGUGUGUGUUCUAUAGAUUAUCUAGUGAACUUAAAAAAUCUUCUUGUGAAAAACCACUAGUCCAAUUUCAACCAAACUUGGCAGGAUUGAUUCUUGGGUGAAGGGCUUCCAAAGUUGUUCAAAGAAUUUCAUUCCAUACAGAAAUCUGGUUGCCAAAAGGAAUUAUAAGAAUAAAUUUAAAAAAUCUUCUUGUAAAGACCCAAAAGGCCUAGAGCUUAGAUAUUUUGCAUAAGGCAUUGUCUGGUAGACCUCUACCAAGAUUGUUCAAAUUAUAGCUCUAGGGUCAAAAUCGGCCCCGCCCCGGGGGUCAUUGAUUUUCACUAUAUGUACAUAUAGCAAAACCUUAAAAUACCUUCAUGUAAAGACCCAAAAGGCCUAGAGCUUAGAUAUUUUGCAUAAGGCAUUGUCUGGUAGACCCUUAUUAAGAUUGUUAAAAUGAUAGCCCUGGGGUCAAAAUCUGCCCAGCCCCGGGGGUCAUUGAUUUUCACUAUAUGUACAUAUAGUAAAAACUUAAAACCUUCUUGUAAAGACCCAAAAGGCCUAGAGCUAAGAUAUUUUGCAUAAGGCAUUGUCUGGUAGACAUCUACCCAGAUUAUUCAAAUUAUAGCCCUGGGGUCAAAAUCGGCCCCGCCCCUGGGGUCAUUGGUUUUCCUUACAUGUAUAUAGUAAAUACUUAUACAUGUAGUAAAAACUUUCAAAAAAUUUCUUCUAGCAGUUGACAAAUGCUAGAGGUUAGAUAUUUUGCAUGAAACAUUAUGUAGUGAACCUCUAGCAAGAUUGUACAAAUUAUAGCCCUGGGGUCAAAAUUGCCUUUGCCCCUGGGGUCAUUGAUUUUCAAUAUAUACAUAUAGUAAAAAUAUCAAAAAAUCUUAUUGUCUGAAGGUACAAGGCUUAGUGUUGUAUUAAUGCGGUGGCAUAGCAUUUUUCUCAAAUGCAAUCUUGUUUUAAUUUAAAUCUGAAAUAUGUCCUUUUAAGGCAGCUAUUAAAAAACGAAACCUUUUAAUUCAUGAUAUGAUUUGCUAUUUGCACUCAUUUAGAAAGAUUCAUUUACAGAAGUUAGCAUUUAUUGACAGAAAAAAUUCACAUUGAGAAUCCUAGAAAGUAUAAAGAUUUUUUUACUAGUUUAUGAUGGUCCAGAAAUUGUAAAUAUGGCUCCUAAUCUAACUUGAUCAAUGUAUUUAAUUACUUCAGAUUCUCACAUCAGAUUUAUGCAUGGAUGUUGCUUAUUCUCAUUUUUUGUUUAAAAUAUUUUCAUUUUGUUUGAAUCAGCAAUAAGUUUUUCAUUAUAAACAUGACUUGAAAAUUGUCUCCAGCAUUGAAACAUGUAGUCGCAGGCGACAUUCCAAUUAUACUGUUGUAUUCUUGUUUUGAUAUUUUUUAUACCCCGGCACAACGAAGUUGUAAUGGGGGUAUACUGGAAUCAGCUUGUCCGUCUGGCCGUCCCGCAGUCUGUCUGUUUUUCCUUGUCCGCCCAAUAACUUAAGAUUCCUUUGACCCACAGUCUUCAUAUUUGGUAUUUAGAUUGGUCAUGAAUAGUAGAUGAUCCCUAUUGAUUUUGAGGUCAAAGGUCAAGGUCACAGGGGCCUUGACUACAAAAAGCUUGUCUGCCCAAUAACUUAAGAUUCCUUUGACCCACAGUCUUUAUAUUUGGUAUUUAGAUUAAUCAUGGUUAAUAGACGAUCCCUACUGAUUUAGAAGUCACUGGGUCAAAGGUCAAGGUCACAGGGGCUUUGACUUCAAAAAAAUUGUCCCCCAAUAACUUAAGAUUCCUUUGACCCUCAGUCUUCAUAUUUGGUAUUUAGAUUUGUUAUGUUUAGUAGAUGAUCCCUUUAGAUUUUGAGGUCACAGGGUCAAAGGUCACAGGCCUUGACUUCAAAAAGCUUGUCUGCCCAAAAACUUAAGGUUCCUUUGACCAGAAGUCUUCAUAUUUGGCAUGGAGGUUAGUCAUGAUUAGAAGCUAACCCCUAUUGAUUUUGAGGUCAAAGGUCAAGGUCACUGGGACUUUGACUUCAAAAAGUUUGUACGCCCAAUAACUUAAGAAACCUUUGACCCACAGUCUUCAUAUUUGGCAUGGUGGUUGAUAGUGACCAUUAGGUGACCCCUAUUGUUUUUGAAGUCACUGGGUCAAAUGUCAAGGUCACUGGGAUUUUACUAUAAUAAGCUUGUCUGCUCAAAUGCUUAAGAAUGCCUGUCCGCAGUGUAUUGAUUUUGACAUUUUCACAUUUGAAGCAUGUAGAAUACAUAACUUAACAAUGUUAGUAACCUCAGAUUUGCGGGGAGGUUGUCCUUGAGCUCUAAAUGGCCACUGUUGAUUCUGACAAAGUGGAAUGCAGGGGUAUUCACGCCAUGACUGUGGCAGUUCUAGUUUCUACAAAUGAUUUGCUAGUAAAUUAUUGAUUGAUAUUUUUGUAUAUAGUUGAUUAUUGUAGUAGAUUAUUAGACAUUGAUCAGUUAAUGUCUCAGGGUAUUGUGAAUAGAUACAUGGCACUGUCAUGUAUAUUUUGUAUUAAAACACAUACCACUUAGCACAUUUCUUUGUGAAGUGAUUAACUUUAGAAUGAUUUGAUGGUUAUGUUAGGAUACAUCUUCUGUUUUCAAUAGACAUGUGUUAAUGUGGUAAAUGUUUCAUUGAAAUUAGAAAUACCUUAUUCAGUAGACACUUAAUUUUUGAAGGAAUGUCUUUCAUGAUAAAAAUAGUGUACUCGGUAAAGUCAUAAUUCUAUAUGGAAGACGUUUGAAGUAUCAGUGGAUAUUAUGUUAUUCUUUAUGGAAUAUGUUUUAUAUUUAAAAUGAUGUUAUCAGUGGACACAUUAUUUUAUAUGGAACAUGUUUGAAAUAAAUGACAAUGCAUUCAGUGGAUACAUGAUUGUUUGAUAUAAGUUAUUAUAUUCAGUGGAAACAUAAUUCUGUAUAGAACAUGUUUCAUAUAAUUUAUAUCAAAAAUAAAUGACAGUGUACUCAGUAGACACAUUAUUUUAUAUGGAACUGGUUUAAUAUUAUUGAUUCUGGAUUCAUUGACACAUGAUAUGGAACAUGUUUCAUAGUGACAAUGCUGCAUUUUAAUUGACACAUCUUUUUGUGUAUAUUAUAAAGGAAACAUAAAUCAAAAAGGAACAUGUUUCAUACAGAUAAUGCUGUUUUAAGGACACACAAAUAGUCCAGUAUGGACUAUAUUUAUAUACAUGUAUAUAAUACUGCAUUUAGUUGACACAUGAGGCAAUAUGAAACAUGUUUUGAAAAAUAAUACUGUGUUUUAAAUGAUUUUUUUAUUUAUAUAGGUACAUGUUGUAGCUAUGUAGUACUUUAUAAUGUGUUCUAAUUAUGAGGACUAAAUAAAGUUUGUUUUUGUAUGAAUUUUGUUUAGAUUUCAUAGUCUUACAAAUUUUAGAUAUGUUUUAAAUUUUAUUUAUAGGCAUUUUUAGAGGAUAAAUAAGUAUAGUCUUUACAAGAGUCAUUUUGAUAUUAUAGUAGUUAUUUUACAUCUUUAUCACAUUGUUUUAGUCAAGUUUCUACAGGGA